UCUUCGGCAAUUUCUCUUUUGCUGAUGAUACGAUAACUCAAAAAAAAAAACAAUUUGAUAACAUUUCCUCUGAUCUUGGAUCAAAAAUUUCCGCGCGUGCAAAUACAUCGGGUUGCGAUAUUGGAUACUUUGCUUGUUCUGACGGAAUAUGGUGCUGCCCAAGUGGCUCCCUUUGCACCGGUGGAGGGUUUUGUGGUUCCUAUUGCCCUAGUGAUUUCUAUUUGUGCGCGGAUUAUUCAGGGUGUUGCCCGAACGGAUAUUCUUGUAUGAAGGGUUCCCAAUGUCAAAACAAUAGUCUUGGGGGUAAUACUGGAAAUAGUCAAGGAAGUAACUCUGGAAAUAGUCAAGGAAGUAACACUGGAAAUAUUGUUAAGGGAAGUAUAACGUUGGUAGCA